ACUCCUGACUAUAACCUCUGUUACUAUGAUUUUUUUUACCUGAUUAUUUAGAAAACAUGAAAAAAAUUCUUAAUUCUCCUUAGUCAUUCUUCUUACUCGUCACAGAUUCACAGGUUAACUUCUGAUCUGUAGGCCUCCCAGGCCUCUGUCGACCAGCUCUUUCUUUAAUUCUUCACAUUAACUCUUCUGAAUCAUUUUUCAGUUUUUUGAAUCGUGUUCUCUAGAAUCGUUAGAUGUCCCUAAUAGAACAUGAACAACUAUGAAAAAAGUUCUCGAAAAACUGAGAUGGUAGAUUCUUUAUUUGAAGAUCUAAAUAAUUCUGGAGAAACAAAACAUGUAGAAAACAAUUAUCCACCGGAACUACCUGCUGAUCUAGAUGUGUCUGAUCCUUUGGCCGCUGAACUUGAUCAAACUGGAUCUACAGAAGACUCUAAACUAGAAGACAACAAAAAUGAAUUUAUUUUAGCAGAAAUUGACGAGAUUGCCUUGACGAAUGAAGAAGAAAAUGUCGAGCCACUGGAACUUGACGAAAGAGCGAUUAAGGCAUUAGAAAUAAAAGAAAGAGCCAAUCGAUUGUAUUCCUCUGGCGAAGUGAAGGAAGCGUUGGAUCUCUACACAGAAGCACUCACUGUUUGUCCAGUGUCACGCAGGAAGGAGAGGUCGGCUCUGUAUGGAAACAGAUCGGCAUGUUGCGUGCAGCUAGAACAACCCAAAAUAGCUAUAAGAGAAUGCUCUAAAGCAUUGGAAUUUGAUCCUCGGUACAUGAAAGUAUUGAAAAGACGUGCAAAGUGUCACGAGAAAACAGAACAACUGGAACAAGCGCUGGAAGACUAUAAGAAGAUUCUAGAAUUGGAUCCUUCAGACACCCUUGCUAGGGAAAGAGUAUUCAAUCUGCCUCGCGAAAUCAAUGAAAGAAACGAGAAAUUGAAAGCGGAAAUGCUGGGAAAAUUGAAGGAUUUGGGAAACAUGUUUUUGAAACCUUUCGGACUAUCUACUGAUAAUUUUAAGAUGAAUCAGGAUCCAAAUACUGGUGGUUACAAUGUACAGUUUUCUCAAAACUCAUCAGAAUAAUUUUAUUUUACUGAUCAAAUGUAUAAUUAAUUUAGCUUGGUCGA